GUCCUAAAGAUCAGUACAUGGUGGUCAAGAAUGCAUCUUACCGUGGACUGUCUACCAACAAGACAUGUGGUUUGAGUGAUGAUUAUAAUUGUGAAGUUAAUGUAACAUAUCAUGUUAAGAAACAUUGUGAUCGUCAACAUGAGUGUAGUAUAACUGUGAAUGACACCUACUUGGUCUCUGGUCGUCCAUGUUCUGGAUUGAAAAAAUAUCUUUACUUUGAAUAUCAAUGUAUUAGUAUAGGUAUGGUUUCGAGUGCAAUUUGGAUAUAACAUGCUCGAGUGAGUUUUUCAAAGACCUCAAAAUAGCACGAGUCCGAAGGACGAGCGCUAUUUGAGGUUUUUGAAAGCUCACGAGUGCAUGUUUAUCCAAAUUUCACGAGAAACCAUGCUAUUACUUAUUAACAAUUUACAUAAAAAUGUUUGAGACAAUAGUUUAAUUAACUUGCGUUUAUAGCGAAAAGUACCCUAGUUCAAGAGGCUGUUUGUGAGGCGAAAUAAAUGAGACGCGAGAAGAAAGAGCCUCUGCAACGGUUGCAAAUCCCACUUCCACACUUGAUUAGGUUCAGAAUUUGAAUCUCGCAUGUGAUUGGCCAUUUGUAAAAAGAUGUCAAACCGCUUUGCGAAAUAAACAUUAGCUGCAUGCAAGCUAGCUAAUGUUUGUUUCCCGAACCGGUUUGACAUAUUUUUACAAAUGGCCAAUCAAAUGCGAGAUUCAAAUUCUGAACCUACUCAAGUGUGGAAGUGCGCAAAAAGUCCACUGGCAAAGUUUUCCAGCCCUUGUUAUAUCACAUUUAAUACAACGCUAACAGCUUGAAAAUUCCACUCAACUAUUUAAGUUAUGUUAGUCUUGUUUAAGGUAAUGGCUUUUCCAUUUAAAAGAAAGAUAGAAGCCAUAUUUUCCAACCGAAAUCAACUUUUACUUUAUGUAGCGCGGCGCCGUGUUUUUCCACCAAUCAGAUCAGCUUGUUACAGAUUUUUGCACUGUGAUUACAAAAAAUUGCACUGUGAUUACAAAGGGUUGCACUGUGAUUACAGAAAAUUGCACUGCUAUUUGGGAUUAACUGCACUGAAAUCAACCAAUCACAGUCGAGUGAUAUUUUUAUGUAUAUUAUUAACACUAAAUUUCGGCAACACCUCUUGAAGAAAUUUGUGGUAAUUUUGUAUGACUAAUGACAAUAGAGAGGUACAAAUUUGACUUCCACUACCGCUACCUGUCAGUGGCUUAAUACGCAUUUGAUUCGUGCAUAUAGAUUAAAUGUAUCUGAUUCAUUAAUAUGUUAAAGGCGUAGUGGAACUCAAAUCUGAACAUUCCUACUUCUAUUGUAAAUGCGAAGGUAAUCAAUGCCCACCACCCAUUGAUAUAAAUCAAUUUACCAUAAUCCACCAGCACAUUAAUCCUUGCUUGUUCAUCCAUUGUUUUAAACUGCAUAUAUUUUUCUUAAGUUUUAAAAUAUCGCCGAAAGAAAAGAACUUUUUGUCGAAAUUCAGAGAUUACCAUGCAAGUCAAAUAAACUGUAAAUUAGAAUUGACGAAAAUUAGAAACUGUUUUCCUGUUUUCUUUUAUUUUGUAGCUGAUGGUGUGUCUUUAUCAUAUUUAUAUCUACCAACGUUUGCUAUUUGUGUGAUCUUUUUUAGACAUUAAUGAAUGUUCAAGCAAGCCAUGUCAUAUUAAUGCCAACUGCUCUGACAAUGAAGGUUCUUUUGUCUGUCAAUGUAAUGUUGGGUUUUCUGGAAAUGGAUUUAGUUGUUCAAGUAAAUAAAUGUUUCGUUAAUGCGUCUGAAAUAUUUUACUUUAUUUAAUCACUUUCUGUCUCUUAUUUGUGUAAUCCCCUUUAGACAUCAAUGAAUGUUCAAGCAACCCAUGUCAUCUUAAUGCUACCUGUACUGACAAUGAAGGUUCUUUCGUUUGUGAAUGUAAUGUUGGGUAUUCUGGAAAUGGAUAUAAUUGUUCUAGUAAGUAAAUCUUCCAUUUGUGUGUCCAAAAUAUUUAACCGUUUUUAAUCACUCAUUGUUUCUUAUUUGUCUAAUCUUUUUAGACAUCAAUGAAUGUUCAAGCAACCCAUGUCAUCAAAAUGCUACCUGUACUGACAAUGAAGGUUCUUUUGUUUGUGAAUGUAAUGUUGGAUAUUCUGGAAAUGGAUUUGAUUGCUCUAGUAAGUAAAUCUUUCAUUCGCGUGUCUAAACUAUUUUACCUUUUUUACUAACUCAUUGUUUCUUAUUUGUGUAAUCUUUUUAAGACAUCAAUGAAUGUUCAAGCAACCCAUGUCAUCCCAAUGCUACAUGUACUGACAAUGAAAGUUCUUUUGACUGUGAAUGUAAUGUUGGGUAUUCUGGAAAUGGAUUUAAUUGUUCUAGUAAGUAAAUCUUUCAUUGGUAAGUCCAAAGUAUUCUGCCUUUUUUUAAUCACUUGUUGUUUCUUAUUUGUAUAAUCUUCUUAGACAUCAAUGAAUGUUCAAGCAAGCCAUGUCAUCCCAAUGCUACCUGCACUGACAAUGAAGGUUCUUUUGUUUGUGAAUGUAAUGUUGGGUAUUUUGGAAGUGGAUUUAAUUGUUCUAGUAAGUAAAUCUUUGAAAAAGUGAAUCUUUCAUUGAUUUGUCUAAAAUGUUAUUUCCUUUUUUAAUUAAUCACUUAUUGUUUGUAAUUUGUAUGAUCUUUUCAGACAUCAAUGAAUGUUCAAGCAACCCAUGUCACGGUAAUGCCAGUUGCACUGACAAUGAGGGUUCUUUUGUUUGUCAAUGUAAUAAUGGGUUUUCUGGAGAUGGAAUUUCAAAUUGUGCAAGUUAGUAUGAAACAAAAUGGAAUCUUGUUUAUUAGUUUUCUGCGUUUUGCAAAUUUUUUCAUAUUCUUUUUUCAGAUAUUGACGAAUGUUUACAUAUUUCAUGUCAUGUAAAUGCAGACUGUUUGGAUUCUUAUGGUUCAUAUAUUUGUCGUUGUAAAACUGGAUUCAAUGGGAACGGAACUUUAUGUGAAAGUAAGCCACGACAUCUUACGAACGUAGCCGUAGGACAAGUUUUUUUUAGUUUUGUUUAUAAUGCCUUUAUUGUUUAUUUGUUUUAUUUUUAUGUUUAUUAUAUGUCAUUUUCUAGACAUUGAUGAAUGUUUGACGAACCCAUGUCAUGCCAAUGCUACCUGUACUGACAAUGAAGGUUUUUUCGACUGUGAAUGUAAUGUUGGGUUUUCCGGAAAUGGAUUUAAUUGUUCUAGUAAGUAAAUCUUUCAUUGGUGUGUCCAAAAUAUUUUACCUUUUCUAAAUCAUCCAUUGUUUGUUCUGUGUAUACUAUCUUAUUAGACAUCAAUGAAUGUUCAAGCAACCCAUGUCAUCCCAAUGGUAUAUCUACUGACAAUGAAGGUUCUUUUGACUGUGAAUGUAAUGUUGGGUAUUCUGGAUAUGGAUUUAAUUGUUCUAGUAAGUAAAUCAUUCAGUUAUAAAUCUAAAAUAUUUUACCUUUUUUACUCACUUAUUGUUUAUUACUUUUUAAAAUCUUUUUAGACAUCAAUGAAUGUUCAUGCAACCCAUGUCAUCCCAAUGCUACUUGUACUGACAAAGAAGGUUCUUUUGUUUGUGAAUGUAAGGUUGGGUAUUCUGGAACUGGAUUUAAUUGUUCUAGUAAGUUAAUAUUUCUUCAAUAAAUCUGAAAUAUUUUAUCUUUUUAUAUCAUUUGUUGAUUCUUAUUUGCAUAAUAUCUUUAGACAUCGUUGAAUGUUCAAGCAACCCAUGUCAUCCCAACGCUACCUGUUCUGACAAUGAAGGUUCUUUUGUUUGUGAAUGUAAGGUUGGGUAUUCUGGAACUGGAUUUAAUUGUUCUAGUAAGUAAAUUUUUCAUUGCCGUAUCUAAAAUAUUUUACAUUUUUUAAUAACUCAUUGUGUGUUACUUGUAUGCUUUCUUUUUAGACAUCAUUGAAUGUUCAGGCAACCCAUGUCAUCUCAAUGCUAGCUGUACUGACAUUGAAGGUUCAUUUGACUGUGAAUGUAAUGUUGGAUAUAAUGGGACGGGAUUUAAUUGUUCAAGUAAGUAAUUUCACUGGUGUGUCUAAGGUAUUUUACCUUGUUUAAAUCACUUAUUGUUUGAUUGUUGUAUUCUCUUUCUAGACAUUAAUGAAUGUCCAAGCAAGCCAUGUCAUCCCAAUGCCACAUGCACUGACAAUAAAGGUUCUUUUGACUGCGAAUGUAAUGUUGGAUAUUCUGGAAAUGGAUUUAAUUGUUCUAGUAAGUAAAUCUUUCUAUGGUGUGUCUAAAAUAAUCUACCUUUCCGAAUAACUCAUUGUUUGUUACUUGCAUGCUUUCUUUUUAGACAUCAAUGAAUGUUUAACCAAUCCAUGCCAUUCCAAUGCUACCUGCGCUGAUAAUGAAGGUUCUUUUGUUUGUGAAUGUAAUGUUGGGUAUUCAGGAAAUGGAUUUAAUUGUUCUAGUAAGUAAACCGUUCAUUGAUGGAUGUAGUGUAUCUAAACUAUUCUGCUUUUCCUAAUAACUCAUUGUUUUGUUACUUGUAUUUAUUGUUUGUAAUUGUAUGAUAUUUUUAGACAUCAAUGAAUGUUCAAGAAAUCCUUGUCAUCACAAUGCUACCUGUACUGACAAUGAUGGUUCUUUUGUUUGUCAAUGCAAUAAUGGGUUUUCUGGAGAUGGAAUUUUAAAUUGUGCAAGUUAGUGUGAAACAAAAUGGUUGUUUCAAAUUGUGCAAGUUUGCGUUUUGCAAAUAUUUUAGUUUUCCUCUUUCAGAUAUUGAUGAAUGUUUACGUAUUUCGUGUCAUGUAAAUGCAGACUGUUUGGAUUCCCAUGGUUCAUACAUUUGUCGUUGUAAAACUGGAUUCAAUGGGAACGGAACUGUUUGUAGAAGUAAGCCACGACAUCUUAGGAACGUAGGACAAUUAAGUUUUUUAGUUUUAUUUAUAUUGCCUUUAUUUUGUCAUUGUUUUUUAUGUUUUUUAUAUGUCAUUUUCUAGACAUUGAUGAAUGUUUGACUAACCCUUGUCAUUCCAGUGCUACCUGUACUGACAAUGAAGGUUUUUUUGACUGUGAAUGUAAUGUUGGGUAUUCUGGAAAUGG